AUGCCCUCGUUAAAUGGUAGGGAAGCUCCAGAGCAUGGGACAGUUACAAAAACUCAACAAAAAACAUUAAUUGAAACAAAACCUUUUCCUUUCGAGACAGAACAGCUAAAAGUAAUUAAACCAGUCAUACCUCCAAGACCGCAAAGUUAUUUAAUCGAUGCAGGAAUGGAAAGAACUAAGCAAGACGAUGGAACUUUCGCAGUAAGAUUAUCAAAUUCGACUUGGGCUCAUUCCCAACCAAAUGUUAACGAUCAUUAUGCAACAAGAGACGAAGCUUUAGCAGUUAUUCAGAAUUACGAUGAACAAGUACGAUUAAUUGCCGGCGGAAAUGAAGUUGAUAGAGCUAACCAAUUGCAGAGUGUCACAGAUAUGUUGUUAGAUCAAUUAUCAGACCAAUUACGUGCAGAAUGUAUUGAAAGAUGCGAAAUUGUCGAAAAAGCAAGAAAUUCAUACGCCGCAAUUUUCACUUUGCUUCAAGAUGAUGGUCAAAAAUGCCGUGAAAAGAUCAGAGAUCUCGAAGAACAUAAUAAAAACAUCGAAGAAAACUUAACAAAAGUUAUAGAUACAUCUACAGAACGUGUAAACGAUGCAAGAGAAGAUUGUGCACGCCAAAUUGCAGAGAUCAAGCAAGAGAUGGAAGCCAAUAAAGAAGAAUACGACUCUUCCAUGAAAAGAUUCUUAGAACAAAAGGCUCAAUUAGAAGAACACGUUAAAGCCUUGCACAGAGUUUUCAUUGAGUUCCAGAGUGACUCUGUAUACAUGACACUUGAAGAACUCAAGCAAAAGCAUGAAUCCCUUGAGAGAAAAAUGCAAAACAAAGAAUCUGAAAUUUCAAAAUUAAAAGUACAGUUAACAAAGCUUCAAAAACAAGUUAAAGAAGUCGAAGAUCAAAAGGCAUUACUCGAACAAGCCAAUACACAGCUCAGAAGAGAUUUGGCCGAUGCAAUUUCGACGAAAUACAGACUUCAAACGAAAUUAAACCUCCAGAACAUAGAAUCCGGUAUGCCAGAUGAGCAGAUCGAAGAAGAAGAGCUUGUCAAGCCAGCAGAGGUCCCGCAAACCCCAAGUGGAACGAUAUCUCCAGAUGAACAUACUCCGCAGCGUCAAAAACGCAAAGUCAGGACAAAUGUUGACCCUAACCCUUAUAUACGUGUCAACCAGAAGCUUUCCAGAGCUUUUGAUGCAAUUGCAGAAGUAUUUGCAAGAGCGAAUAAUCCAAUCAGUCCAAAUCCAAACGAGCAACAGAUCAAUGAAGAACUAGACUCAUUGUUGUUAUCAUGCGAUUACUCAUUGAUGAUUAGAGCCAUCGAAAAACGUGCAGACGAGUUAAUCCACAUCACAGAACAAUUUGACACAUUAAACUUGUCAAUGAUUGGCGGAGAUGGCAAUCUAAGUGUUCGCCCAAUGACAUCACAAGACCCCAGAUUCAUACAGUACAUCAGAACUCACAAUAGCGAACAAGGAGAUUCGAGAAGUAACAUAAAUGUUUUCUCAACGAUCAGGCAAUUAUUCCAAGCGAAAUACACGUCAGAUAAAUGGCGCGAGAGACUUGGACAAAAGCCUCAGAGAUUCCCUGAGUUCAUGAUCGAAUAUUUCUGUAAGGAUGGCGAUACAAUCUUCGCAAGUUUGCAAAGAGCUGCUCGUGUUUAUCGAAUUGCUUCGAAAUCAAAUUCUCCUGAAGCGAAAUUAUUUGUUAAAUUCCUUUUGGAGAGUUAUACCGUUGAUGAAAUGACAUUUUUCAAUGAAAUAAGAUACGCAUUGGUUGGUCUUCCUAAUGUUCCUCAAGAUGCACCUGCAAUUCUCAAUGUUCCUUACGCAAAAUGCAAGGAAUUGUUGGAAAGAGUUGUCGGAGUUUUCUCUCCAGCACUCGCAGGAAUAAUGGCUGAUGCACAGAAAUUGGCGAUAUCUGAUUACAUCGAUUACGCGGCUUUCAUCACUAUAUUGAUGAAAUAUUAUAGAGGAGAAAGAAGGAAGAGGAGAAAUGCCGUGAAAUUGAUGUUCAACUCCAAGAAAUUCAAAGCGAAUUCGAAUUCUGUUGAUUUCGAAGCUUUCGUCGGAAUGGUCCAAAGUCUUGGAUUCACAGGACCUUUCGAUGAUGUCUUUGACAUGUACAGAGUUGCUACUUUACUUGGCGGUGGAUCUAUCUCUAUUGAUUCACUGCUUUCAGCCAUGGAUGAUCUUUCAAUUCAUUUCUAUUCGAUUGAAACGCCAUUCACAAAUAAUACGAAAGAUCAAAUCACAGAGAUGCCAAGAAAAGACAUAACAAGGCAUUGGACGAAGUUCUCGAAGUGGUUCGAGAAAAUGAAGGACCAGACAAACAAUACUUUCGAGCCUUGGAUUAAAUACACAAUCACAAAGAAAGUUUUCACUGUUGAUGAUGCAUUUAAAGCAAAUAAAUCUGUUGAUAACUUGGUUUGCGAAUACCGUGGUUUGCUUGAUUUCUAUCAGUACUCUUUGGACAUAAUGAUAAGAGGAUUGCAGAAGCCUUUACCAUCAGAUAAAACAGAGAGACUUUUGGCAUUGUUUGAGAACUUGGUUGAUUUGUAUUUGACUUUCUAUUUACAACAGAAAGAAACAGUUAUUUCUCCUGAUAUGACUGAAGUUGCUUAA